AUGGAGUCUGGAAAGAAGAAAACCUUCCAAAUAAAAGCCAAAGUACUAGAUGUGAAAAGCCUUGUAUUUUUCAGUGAUGAAUUAACUAAUAUCCAUCGAGAAGCAUUCACCAUCAAGUAUGGGAAGAUUCUGGAUCCUUUAUUGUUAGCUCCAACUCCAGAGGAGUUUAGGAGGAUCUUGGAAUCUUAUAAGAAAAGGAAGGGACCUUAUAGAGGAAUGAGGCAAUUCCCAAAACCCAAGGAUAUUGUUGAAGUAUUGAACCUCUCAGUUGCUGACCUAGCUCAUAAUAUAAAGACCUGGGGGGAGGUACAAGAGAUUCCUAGAGAGUAG